CUGAGAUAAGCACAAGAUAAAUAAAAGGAAAAAAUAGUGGUUCUCUACGUCUCUAAUUUUUGGAUAAUAUAGUUAAAAAUUAACAUUUAUUUAAGUGUUUAUCUCAUCCUAAAUAGUUAUAGCAAUAAUAGAAAUAAGAAUUGUGCGUUUUUUCUUGUAGAAAUUGUGAAAUGCCUUUGGAUCAAUAGCAUGAUAUACAAUAGUGAAAUGACUGUUUCCCCUCUUGCUCAAUAAUUAGUGAUUGUUUGAAUGGUGAUAGAGUUCGUCGAAUACUUUUAUUAUUCGUCAUUAUUAUAAGGAGUAUUAUCGUGGAAAUAGCGUAGGAUAAUGAAUUCCAAUAACCACAACCCACAUCGCAGAAACUCUUCUAAUUUCAACAGACACAACAACAAUCAUCCAAAUCGCUCUAACCAUCCAAUCAACCAUCCUCAUAACCACCAGAAAUGGCCAGGCAGAUAUCCCAAGGAAUAUAAUAGAGAGUAUGAAACCAAUUUUAAUAGACGUGAAUGUCUUGUUGCUCCUAACGGCAGUCCUAAAGAGCCAAAUCACUUGCAUAGUUACCCAAAGAACCCCCAGCUGAGUCCAGGGGCCAGGAACAACCUUCCACAUUACAACAAUGAAGCCUCAGGACAUCAACACCAAACCCUGCGUGUCGUCUCAAUGCCUAUCGGUCACGGCGGCAAUACCGCAGCCCAGAAUUUCCACCCCAAUCCUGUCGUUCCUGUAGUAAACACCGGAGAUCGUCGUCACAUUCCCAGCUUGGUCGAUAGACGUCACAUCUCUCCACCUCUGCAUAUCAACAUCUGCGAAAACGGCAACGGAAUGAUGAAUAUGAACACACCUCCAGCUGAAGGUCUGCAGAUGCACCCAAGAGCCAUGAUGGACUUCUCUCACGGAAGAAGGAGACACGGGAUAGAUAUGCGGAUGAGCCCGGUCCACUUCCAGCAGCAUUCUCCGCCGUAUUAUCGGCAGUCCAGUGACGAGUACAUCAAAAGUGAAAGUCCUUCUUGCAAACGCAGACGUUUGUCCCGCUCUGGCCAUCAUAUCGACUUGAAUGUUCAGCCCCCUUCACCACCACGCAGGUCUCCCAGGCAGCAUCCUCCAUCCACUUCGCAUCCUCCAAUGCAGGUCCCAGUGACAAUUCCAAUGAACCACGAAGCAGUUUGGAGCUACACCACAACCCCACACGUGUCUCUAUGCACAGUUCCACCGAGCGCACCGCCCCACAUGCACAACUGUCAUUUACAUAACGUAUACGCCGCUGUACCGCCGCUAGUACCACAACAGUUCCCACCCGGCUGUCUCCCCCAUCAGACUUUCGCCACCUUCGGACCUCCAGCACCCAGCGCAGUUCCUGUGCCACCCCAGCAUUACUCUCAUCAACGUAUUCCUCCACAGAGACCUGACACAUUUGAACUAGAUCUGCUCAAUGAACAUCACCAUCAUGCUCACACUCAUUCCGCCAUUCAUGGGGCAUCUUCCCUUCAUGUACCGCCCAUUCAGAUGUCUUCGCCGGCCUCUCUGUUCCUCUCGACAGAGACUCGAGGUGCCUCUCCGUUGGAUCUACUACACGCUGGUCGCUCACGUCAGCACAGAAAUGCCCGUUUGCUACCUCCAAGGACCCGUUGGCACCACAGUCCUCCGCUCAUUGCCGCUCCCGCUGGCUUUUUACUACAUUUCUUUACAAUGUUCUCAAACUCGCCAAUGUCUCCAUUCAGCCAAAGCAGCUCAGACACCACUGAAACUGAAAACUACGAAGCUCUUCUCAACCUCGCCGAGCAGCUGGGCGAAGUCAUCCCUAGAGGUCUCAGCAAGCUUGAGAUUGAGCAACUCAUCAGCUACAAAUACGACGCCGAGACUCACGAAGGCGACCAGACGUCCUGCGUCGUCUGCAUGUGCGACUUCGAGGCUCGCCAAGUGCUCAGGGUGUUGCCAUGCUCACACGAAUUCCACGCCAAAUGUAUUGAUAAGUGGUUGAGGUCAAACAGAACCUGCCCCAUCUGCAGAGGAGAUGCUUCAGAAUACUUCACGAAUAGCGAAUAGAAUGUUUUGCCUUUUUCACACAAAUUACCACUUCUAUAUAUUUUCAAGACAAAAUAAAUAUCACCAAUUGCAACGCUUUAAGAGUAAUUUUCGUGUCAGGUGCCAUUAGUUGCCAGUAAUCCUAGAUUAAAUGUCUUUUAUUUUCUAUUAAUAAUAUUAAUCUUACUUAGUGUUAUUAAUUUUUAAGGAUGCAGCAAUAUUUAGGUGUCUCUCGUAAUUAUGAUUUUUUUCUUUCGUUUAUUAGUUAAAAUUAGUUUAAAAUAAUGUUUAGUGUAUUCCGUCCUAUGUUGGUCGAAAUGAUUUCUUGCAUGUCACUUCGUACUUUCAAACUUUUAUGUUAAAACUUUUUUUUAAUAAACCCCAUUAAGAUGCUUAAGAGCAUUACAAUCUAAUCAAACAAUAUGAUCAAUGAACAACUUUUUUCUAGCCUAAGUUAUUACUAAAAACUUAAUACUAAGGACAGAGUUGCUAUAGUUGGUUCGCUAAACUCAGACACUACUGGCUAGUGAUUUUAGUAGGUAAUUUAUUUGUUUUUUGUCAAUUUUGCUAAAAUUGGCAAAGUUACUAACUGUUUAGUAAUUAUUAACUAUUUAGUAAUUAUUUUUUUGAAAAUUUUACCAAAUUGGCAAAAUUACUUACUAAAAUCACUAGCCAGUUGUGUCUCGAGUUUAGUGAACCGACUAUAGUAUCCCUUAGAUUCUGUUAAUUUAUUGCACAAAUAUUAAACUGUAUUAUCACUUAUACUAUACUCUGCUUUUUCACUUAACUAACUCCAAGGGUUUCUUCCUCUUGAGUCUUCUAGCCAGAUCUGUGUUGUCGAGGAUCUGGGCGGCCUCAACAUUGACGUGUUGAAGAAGUCAUUGUUCGUGACUCUUGGCAAAUUUUUCCAGUGGUAAGUUAACACGUUCGGUGCUCAUGACGCACGAGUAGCGUCACGAAGGUUUUAUCAAUGGUACCGAUGACGCAUGAGUGGCGUCAGUAGCACUGUGUUACUAAAUGAACGAUUUAAGUACGUGAUACCAGUCAAGUGGCACUUGUUCAAGAUGGGCACCGAGCGUGUUAAAAGAGGCGGAAAACUUUCAGUUUUCCAAUAGUCUUGUUAACAGUAUGUAUCCAUUUCUAGGUAUCUAUGGAGGUCACUGUUCCUAAGUACCAAGUGCGUUGACAAUACUCCUUCGCACUUUUCUUUAAAUCACUGGAUUAUGUCUAAUUUACACUUACUAGCACAGUCUCACAGCUGGAUGCCAUAUGUCCAUAUAGGUUUUAGAAUCUGUUUAUAAAAAAGCAUUUUGUUGUAGAUUAUCAGUGUUGGUUGUCUUUCCAAUAGCAAAUAUGUAUAUUUUUUAUACUUGAUGUUAAGAUAUUCUCUUCUCUUCUUAACAUGGCCCCUUCAGUGUAGCCUAGCAUCUAUUCCGUUGGUGGGUGUGUUGACGGAAACAAUGGACAGCCUAAGUCUGACGUCACAAAUGUCACAAAAUUGGGAGGAGCUGAUAUUGACUCCAAACAAUUUUGUUUGUAAUGUUAAAUGGUCAUAAGGAAUUUUUCAUUUAUGUGCUUUGUGUAGCAAAAUAAGACUUCAUUUAGGUAUUUCGUUAAAGAAACGUGUUAAUUAAGAGAUUUUUAUUCGUUUUUGCUCAGGUGGUUUUUAUUCCUUAGUGGUUGAAAAUAAACAUAACCUCAAAACUGUUUACGUUCUAAUCAUUGCAUUAAAUUAACUAACCUGGGCAAAAACGAAUAAAAAUCUCUUAAUUGACACGUUUCUUUAACUAAAUACCUAAAUGAAAAGUCUUAUUUUGUCACACAAACCACGUAAACAAUAAAUUAAAAAUUCCUUAUGAGUGUUUAACAUUAUAAACAAAAUUGUUUGGAGUCAAAUAUAAGCUCCUCCCAAUUUUGUGACGUCAAGACUUAGGAUGUCCAUUAUAUACAAUAAUAUUAAUUAAAACGCAAAAAAUUGUCAAUAAUAUACUUAUUUAUUUUGGGUAAACAAGCGUGCUUCGUUUAUUAUCUCGUAAGGGUUUGUUAGCGAGGGUGUGUCUGAAUCGUUCGCCUGCUGUGUAGAUGCUGCCAGACCACUACACUCUAUUAUGUCAUGAUGCUUGCGGUUCUACACUAUGGCUAGAAAGGCAAUAAAUUACUACAUAUGCGUUUUAAAAAGAUGAGAACUUUUCUGUAUUUUAAGAAGGACAUAAAGAGCGUGGCAAUCUGGCUUCGAAAUCUAUUAGUGUUUCCUUGAAAAAAACAUUAAUUUUAUACAAUCUGCUGAGGGAUACAUUUCGUUUCUUAAACUUAACGGUCCUUGUUAGCAUCUAGAUUUGUUAAGUCUAUUAACAAAGGCUGAAGUUUUCUUGCUGCUUCUUCAUAGUAUUCAUUUACUGCCAAGACGGCAGUAUCAUCAGCAAAGGUAGCUAUUGUAUUAUGUUCUAAUUCAGGGAUAUCUUCUUCUACGGCACUAUAGCCCAAAUUGACCAUUGGCCUCCUUUAUUUUUUGCCUCCUACCUUGUCUGUUUGUGGCUGCUCUUCUCCAUACACGGACUCCUAAAAGGGCUUGUGCGUCGCUGUUUACUGUGUCUUCCCAGCGCUUUCUUGGCUUUCCAACCGGUCUCUUUCCCUGCAUUCUAACAUUCAGUGCUCUUUUUGGUAGCCUAUCCUCUCCCAUUCUUAUGACAUGUUCGGCCCAUUGCAAUCUUUGUAUUCUAAUGAAGUCUGACGGGGGUGUUUCCUUAUAAAGGGUUUCCUUAUAAAGGUUAUAAACGGUAUAAUUCAGGGAUAUCGCUAGUCUAAAAUAGGUAUAGGACUAGUCCUAUCACACUACCUUGUGGUACACCUGAAUUGAUUUCUUUCAGUACCGAGUAGGCAUCUUGCUUAACCCUAAAACCUCCAUUUGAAAUAUAUUAUUCCAUUAAUUGUCUAUCAAGGGGCGCAGGCUCAUAAAUAGUCUUAAAAUUUAUACCCUCACAGCUGAUUUUUGCAGAUUAGUUUGAGAAAAAUAUUUACAAUUAACCGGUGAUAUUGUCCGACAAAUUUUUAUGGAUACUCCAGUUGACAGAAGCAUCAAACCUCUAUAUUUAUGAAACACCCCCUCCUGAAAAUUUUCCGUAUUAGAAAAGUUCACCGAAUCGACAUGUAUAACUGAAUAAAAAAAGUGUCAUAAGGGAGGUAAUAUUUUUUUUUAGGGUGGGCCCAAGACCUAUUAUGUUGAACAUACGAAUUUGCGCAUGCUUUGAAUCAUUUUGACAUUUCCAAAAAUAAUACAAAAACCACAUUUUUGAUUUUCAUGCAAUUGAUGUAAUCUGUGGAGAGUUUUUAAUAUUUUUUUUCAACUAUUUUGUAAACAAUACAUAUUAGAUGUAAAUUUACAGAUUUAGAUGUAAAUAGUUGUUUAUUUCUAUAAAUUUUAGUGGUUUGCAAAAAAUGACCAAUGUUAGAUGCAGGUUAUUUUUUUCUGCCUGUUUAUAAACUGUAACCCUUUUAAUGCCACUUUUUUUUCUUCACACCAAAAACCGUGCCCAAUACUCUUCAAUCAAUUAAUUUUUCAAAAUAAAUUCACAUGUGAUAACGCUAAUCCCCCCUUCAAUCUCUCUCAACCUCAAACAACUAUAGCAAAUAUAGUCAUAUUAAGUCUUCUUUACCCAUACACCAAGUCACCAAGUGUACUUCAAAAUACGUUUACAGUCCAAUCACUCUUCCAAAAUCAGACAGUGAUUUUUUUGUGUCGCUGUAGUAACAAGUGGUUAAGUCCAUGGACUUGACGUUUUUUUGACACUUAGCGACUUCUUGCACUGAAAUGAGGAUUGAUUAAAAUAUCAACUUGUGUUGUUUUCGCCAACUUAUAGUACAUAUGAUUUAAUAUAGAUGUUGCCCUUAACUCUUCUUCUUCUUAUUGUUCCGUCUUCUAACGAAGGUUGGAAUCACUCAAACUCUUCCCUAUUUUUUGCAACGUGAAAUAUCUGUUCAUCACUGAAGUUAGUCCAAUCUCUGAUAUUCCUCAGCCAAGAUUUCUUAUUUCUUCCCAAGAUUUUUCUUCCCUCUACUCUUCCUUGCAUGACGACUUGUAGCAGAGAGUAUUUAUCGUUUCGAAGUUAGCCCAAAUAAGAUGUUUUUAAUUAUAAUUGUGUUUCUAAGCUUUUUGCCAUGUCCAGUUCGUCUUAACACUUCUUCGUUUUUGAAACUUUUGCAGUCCAAGGAAUUUUUAGAAUACAUCUAUAUAACCACAAUUCGAAGGCUUCCAAUUUUCCUUUUUUACGGAUUGGGCUUUCAAAGUCCAAGUUUCUACUCCAUGUAGGAGUUGCAACCAAUCAUACCAUUUGACGAACCUCAAUCUGAUAGCCAUACAACCAAUCAUACCAUUUGGCGAACCUCAAUCUGAUAGCCAUACUCAAUUUUUUAUAACCACUUAACUCUGUUAAUAGAAAAAUAUGGACUUAGCUACUUUUUGCACGGAUUUCUUCAUUUUUGUACUAUUGUACUGAUAUAAGGUUUGUUCCAACUCCAUACAAAACCGAUCUUGAAUCGUUACGCGCAUGCGCAAUAACGAAUAAUUAUGCGCAGUAACACAUUUUUCGUUAUUGCGCUUACUCGUAACCGUUCAAGAACGGUUUUGUAUCGAGUUGGAACAAACCUCAUAUAUUGCAAAUUGUUCCAAUUUUAAAAUCGAUAAUCCUACAAGCAUAUAUUUUUCACAAGGCAGCUUUCUGUACCAAAAAUUCAACGGUUUUACAAUUGUUUAUAAAGUAUUGAUACAGAUGAUCUCAAAACUAAAGAUUCUCACAGAUUACAUCAAUACAGCCAACAUUAGGGCGUUCGGACUACUUACUUUUAGUCGUAUUAUUUUUAUUAGGUAAAAAAUUACGAGACACCUGGUGUGAACUUAGUUGUACUCGUGAAACAAAAAAAAGAGAAGUAAAAACCCAAUAAUAAUGUAACAAAAAAGCUCAGUGCACAUUUUUUAAACCUUUUUCUUUCGAUGUUACUUCGAGAAUUGAAUCGAGGUGGCAUAACAUUUAGUAUUUGAUAGAAGCUGUAAAAGGGGAAUUUUUCGAUCACCAUUUAAACUUAGACGUGGAUGUAGGGUAUGACUAUUUUUUUGUGUGCUUGGUUUUUGGAAGUUUUCGUGGAAUGUCUCGGAUGACGUACUUUUUGGACAUAUAUAAUUUUUAACUUUCGCAUUUGUAUAGUUCUGAAAAAAAAGUGAUUGCAAUUAAUUAUGCAAAAAAUAAUAUGUCAAAUGUAAGUAAUUAAAGUAAAGAAAUAACCGAGGCAAAAGAAAAUGACUGGAAGCAAAAUGCGUCAAAAUAGAAGAACUGCAACAAAACACGAUUUUUUAAUUUACAUGAAAAAGGUAAAAGAGUUUACAUCGACUAACAAGAGAACAACUUUGUAAGAAUCUAACAACUGCUAGAAUCGACCUAAAACAAACUGAACGAAUAGAAAAGCUAUAUCAACAUUAUUUUUAAUAGCAUACAAGUAGAACCAAGAAGAUUAGACAACAACAACGAAGGACCAACAAUUCUGAAAGGUGAAAUUAUAAAUGCCAUUAAUCAACUUGAAACCAAUAAGAGCCCAGGUCCAGAUGGAAUAUACCCAGGACCAUUAAAGUUAAUUAUUGAAGAAAACAUCGAAAGUUUUAACCUUUUAUUCAAUCACAUUUAAAAUACAGGGGGAAAUGCCCCAAGAUGCCUGGCUAGAAUCAAUAUUCAUCCCACUACCGAAAAAACAACGGAACAUCAAAAACAUUGAGGCAUUCGAGAUGUGAUGCUACAGAAGAAUGUGGAAAAUGCCAUGGACAGAGAGAGUAACAAAUCAAGAUGUUUUGCUGAAGAUGGGGAAGGAACGCGAAGUCAUAAAAACCAUACAAACGAAAAAACUGGAAUAUCUAGGCCACAUAAUGAGAGGGGAAAAGUACUCCUUGCUAAGGCUCAUAAUCCAAGGAAAAAUCUCGGGUAAGAGAAAUGUGGGACGUAGGAGGAUUUCCUGGUUGCGAAAUUUAAGAGAGUGGUUGUAACGGGUAGGUCUUUCAGGACGACAGACUCAUUAGACACAUGUUAAAAAUAAAGUAAAUAUAUUAAGAUAAUUAUAUACAGUUUAAAACAAAUAAAAUACGAUUCCAUCUUCUGCAAAGGAAAAACAAUAUCAAACUUUAUUACAGUCAUAAUAGCAACAUUAAAAUGAUACGAUAAACAAUACAAUAUAAUACAAUAACAACCUCGCUACGUUAAAUCAACAUAGCCCUAUAUUCCGAUCCGCAUUUCACUUUAAUGCGGCGCGUAGUCACUCGUUCCUCGCUACUACCGCCUCCUGCGAUAACGGUCAUGGCAAAACUCCACUUCACCACUGUGGCGUUCGCCUAGGCAUAGUUCCACCUCACAAACGGUGCAUCUUUGCCCAUCCAGCUAGUGCUAGUUCAACACGCUAGAAACGACUGAUUUUCUCAUUCUCCUGGCUCGCCUUAAAUAUGCUCUCGAUGCCACUACUCCUUCUGUUUCCCCCAGCGGUGCUAUGCGCCAACACGGCUGCUCCUAUGGUUGUUUUUGGUCGACCGGCACAUCGCUGGCAUCACAUCAUUACAUGGUACAUCGCUGGCAUCACAUCAUUACAUGGUACGGGUGCAUUUCAAUACAAUUCAGAGCUGCAGCCAACAAAGAUUGCUGUGAUGACAACCAACCUCCGAUAAGAGACGGUACUGCAAGAAGAAGAGCAAACAGCAUAAUACGACCAGCAGUCGUGUAUGGAAGCUAAACAUGGACGCUAACAAAAAGAGAAGUAAAUAAAUUGCUGGUGUGGGAACGUAAAUUCCUUCGAAUGAUAUAUCGCUCUUGCAGAGACACCGUGACAAAUGAAUGGAGGCGCAGAUACAAUAACGAGUUAGAAAGUUUAGAGAGUUUCCUUUCCUAUUCGGAAAGGAAAAUAUAGUCCGAUAUAUAAAGGUCAAUUGACUCAGAUCGGCAGGGCAUGUGAUACGUAGUAACGACAAUCGCCUUAUAAACAAUGUAUUUUGGUAAAGGCCAGAUGGAAGAAGGUCUGUAGGACGACCUAGAAAAGGUGGAAAGAUGCACUCAGAGAAGUUCUGGAGAGAAUGGGAGUGAGACAAUGGAAAAUAGUGGCACAAGACGGAUAAAAAUGGAAGGUAAUAGUAAACGCGGCAAAGACUCACGAAGAGUUAUAACGCAAUUGAUGAUGAUGUCCCACAAUGGACGAUAGAAGGCUAAGAAGAAGAAGAAAUUCCGACUUGUAACCAUUUAUUCGCGACUCAGUUUAAAUUUAGCUGUACAUGAGAUAGAAAGGUGUUGAUUGAAACAUGAUAGACUGAAGGAGAAAAUAUGAUUAUCAGAUGAUUAUCAGAAUUAUGUCUCAAACCAGUGAACAAGAAAAAAAAGUGUGUCGACAAAGGAGAUAGAUGAAUGUUAUAAAAUGUGAUAUUGAGGAUCUACAAAGGAUUAGAAAAAAUCGGUGUUUCAAACAGCUCGUAUUUAUCGUACAUAUAUAAAAGUAAAUAAAUGGAAUCACUUUCGUCAACAUUAUUUAAUAUUUCUACUAAAUUAUUGUAGUACCAAGUACUCAAAAAGUACCUCAUCGAACAACGUAGCUAGUUCUUUCUACGGCAUUACCUAGCGGUCCAAUGUUUAGCCGCACUAUCUAACAAUGCUGCGGUUUACUAUUCCGUCUUUUUGGAUUAGACAUAAUACUAAUGAUAAGCGAGAAGAAAUUUCGUAAAAGAACCAAACGUCAAGUUUUUUUUUUUCAAAGGAUAUUAGAAAAGGGAUGGUGCAAAAAAUCCUUUUGGUUGUCAAAGUGUUAAAAUGUUAGUAAAGAUAAUGGACCGUGUUAGUGUGACGCCAAAAAAGUUUCCAAACAAAGCAAAAGUUUGACGUCUGUGAAUUGUGUUUAUACACGUGAUUUGUGCAAUCAUUUUUAAUUUUAUUUUUUAACAAUCAUCUGCACAUUUUUUCUAAAGACACAAUCCUUGUUAGUCAUAUCAAUCAUAUUGCUUUUAAUUUUAUAAAUGUAUUUACACAAAAUCAAGGAUUUACACACUACAUAGUACUUACUGCGUUUCUUCAGGUUCUUAACUUGUCCUAUAUGGAAAUAUGGUGGGAAGUAUACUAUGAGCAUUGAUUACAAUCACGGGUACCCAACACAUUACCAUUUUGUAAAAAUUAAACAUCUUACAAGCAAUAUAUUCCAAUUAUAAAAACCAAAACAAACACCACAUGUGAAUUUUUGCUUUGUUUGGAAACUUUUCCAGAGUAGCCAACAUUGAUUUGACAUCACGACUAUCACGGUCCAUUCGGAUUUUAUUACAGAACAGGGCCUACUACUAUGUGUUUACACAUAUUUCGGCUUUAACUUAGCCUCAUCGGAGCACCUGUGUAGACGCUACCAACUUCAAAAAUAAAACAACAACUAAAGAUUUUGACAUUUGUAUUACGUUUUAAACCGUAUUGUGAUUGACGUUUGAUAUUUGUAUUAUUAUGGACGUUUGACAUCUAUAUUAUCAUUGACGUUUGGUGUCUAUUCGAAAUCACUCUCCGUAUAUUUUGCUGUUUGCUUCUCUGCGCUGUACUAGAAUUUGUUCUGUAACUUUCAUAAAUGUCGCAUGUCUGGUUUGGAGUGUCUGUUGUUUGAGGUCUUUCUAAUUCUUACAGAAAAGGAAGAUUUAGAAUAAUUAAUGAAAUCUUAGAAAAAUGACGGGUUUCGUAAAUAUACAGUAUGUGUGUAAAGUAUGGAAACAAAAAUAUCAGUAACACACCGUAUUAUAUACAUAGUAACAAAAUGUUGGUUAUGUAUAUUAAAAGGGCCAGCGAUUUAAAAUUUUCUAUUUUCAACGUUGCCAAAUAUACAAUUUCUGAGAUAUACGGAUAAUGGAACCACCCGUAUAUUUUACAAUCUUUAGUUUUUUAUUUCCCGUGCAACAUAUAAUCUGUUAAUGGCCAAUAUUGACAAUUAAUAUGCAGAAAUUAGGAAAACAUUUUUAUUUUGUAAUUAAUAUUUCUGAAAAAACAGAAAGCCAUUCUGAAUGAAAAUUCAUCUAAAGACUUUUCUAAUCGUUUCAAAUAAAUGAGUGCUAUCUCUUCGAUAUUUCUUUCAGUUCUUGGAUAGUCUGUAGCGUAUUUACAUACACUUUGCUUUUUAAAUAACCUCAUAAAAAAUAAUCUAGAAUCUAGAGGCGUCAAAUCCGGUGAUUUUGCUGGCCAUUCGAUAGCUCCUCUUCGUCCAAUCCAACGAUUUGGAAAUUUAUUAUCGAGAAACUCACGAACACCUUGAAGACGAUGAGGGGGUGCUCCGUCUUGUUGAAUUCAGGAGAUGAGGGAUUUAUAUGAUCAGGAAAGAGUCUGGCUAAUUCUGGAAUUAACUCCCAUUCUAAAAAUGCUCAGUAUUCUUCACCUGCUACGGUUUUGUCCCAAAAAUAAAAUCAAAUAAUAGUAUUACAUAUUAAUAAUUCUUGUCCAAGUACUGAUCUUUUGUCGAUACUGCGCAUGUGCCUUGACCAUCCAAUGCGGAUUUUAUCUUGCCAGUACCUGCAGUUUUAUUUAUUGACCUUGCCAUUUAUAUGGAAAGUAGCCUCAUCAGAAAAAAGGAUUUGGUCAAAAAAUUUGGACUAUUGUUAUAUCUAUUUAACACAGUCUGUGUCACAGAACUCCAUUCUGCGAUCUGGAUCGUCUUCAUUCAGUUCCUGUACCAAUUGUGCUUUACAGGGAUGCCAUUUUUCUUUUUUUUUUUUUUUUGUUAAUAUAUCUUACAUCUCAGACAAUGUACGUUUGUCAACGUCGAAAAUUUUAAAUCGCUGGUUUAUCUUAUACACAUAACCAACAUUUUGUUACUGGAUCAUACAUCACAUAUAUCUUUGUUUCCAUACUUUAUGCGCACACUGUAGGUUAUGUUUGAUUUUAACUGAGUAUUUUUGGAAAUUCAAUUAAUGAAACGUUAUUAAGAAACUUUUAUUGUGAAGCUAAGGUCACACAUAACCUUAAAAGACUGGAUCUAGCACUCGGGCUAUAUUUAAAACAAAGAUAAAAAUUAUAUAAAUUCUCGAUGUGUUUAUUUAGAAUUGUAAAAAUCCGCUUCUCCGGACUUCCACAGGGUCUUGUACUAGAUCCGUUUUGAUCGUACUUUUCUCCUGAACUUUUCUAAGAGACACGGUGUAUUGUUUUUAAUUUUCAAUUCUAAUGUUAUGUUUAAGACACUUUUGUACUGUUUUUUGUAAUAAUGUUUGUAGCGAAUUUUGUUUUAACUCUAAUUUUAGGGGCAAUAUUUGUUGAUUUCGCUGAGUUGUUGUCAAACGUUGCUUGUUUUUUUAAGUUGUAGAGAGAGGUUUUGAGAGGGGAAUGUUGUCUGGGUUUGUGAUUGUGGAUAAACCGUAAAUCACGUGAAAUAACACUUUUUUUUAAUCCACCAGUUGAAAUUCAAAGUAAUAUUUGAUGGAUUCGACCGUUACUUGAUGGACGUUCAUUUUAUUUAACAAUAAAACACUGAAAACUUUUUUUUCAAUACUUCCACGAAAUUUUUUGUAAAUUAAAUUCAGUACAGCUGUUUCGGCAGGUUGCUUUUCUCAACUGAUGUGUUUUAUUAUGCAUGUACAUACACUUUAAAGCCACUAAAUGAAUAGGCUGAUGAGUGGGGAGCUGUUUGUCUCAUAAUUUCCAUAGAUUCCAAUAAAGAUAGUUUAGGGCCUUUAUGUUGAAUAUGAAGAAUUUUAUACUGUUCAUUAAAAUAAUGAUUAUGAUCUAAAAUAGGUGAAGUCCGUAUGUAGAAGUGUCUGUUUUUCUAUUAUUGAAAGCCCUUUUGUGUUCUGCUAUCCGUUUGUCUCAAAGGUUCUGCCAGUUUGACCGAUGUAAGCUUUUGGACAGUCACCACAUUGUAACGGGUAGCUCUUUCAGAACGACAGACUCAGUAAAACACAGGUUAAAAAUAAAGUUUAUAUAUUUAAGAUAAUUAUAUACACACAGUUAAAAUAAAUAAAGUAAAAUAUAAUUUUAUCUUCUGCAAAGGAAAAACAAUAUUAUUAUACUCAUUACUGUCAUCCGAACAUAAGACCAAAGAAGACGUGGAGACGAUUAGGCAGAACGUGUUGGUAAAGGGGAUUAAUAUUGAUAUGACCCAAGAUAGAAUUGUAUGGAGAAAUACAAUUAGGGAAGCCGACCUCGCAUAGGGAUAAGGCAAAGAGAAUGAUGAUAUGUGAUAGAGCAGAAGCUUCUGGGUUUUUUCUAUGGUAGUGAGAUAUUAAAAUGAUACGAUAAAUAAUACAAUAACAAUCUCGCUAGGUUAAAUCAACAUAGCCAUAUAUUCCGAUCCGGAGAUACCGCAUUUCACUUCAAUGCGGCACGGCUGAACGGCGACACGCAGUCACUCGUUCCUCGCUACUACCGCCCACUGCGAUAACGGCCAUGGCAACACUCCACGUCUCUACUGUGGCGUCCACCUAGGCAUAGUUCCACCUCACAUACGGUGCAUCUCUGCCAAUCGAGUUAUUGCUAGUUCAACACGCUAGCAACAACUGAUUUUCUCAUUCUCCUGGCUCGUCUUAAAUAUGCUCUCGAUGCCCUCUCCUUCGGUUUCCACCAGCGGUGCUAUGAAGAAGCAAUGCGCCAACGGACACUCCUCCGGUCGUCUCUGGUAGAUCAGCUCAUCAUCGCUUGCCGUGGCAUCAUCGUUACAUGUCAGUUUGUAUAUAGCACUUUGUAAUUGCUUUUCUUUUUGCUUUUAUUGUUCUUCAGGUAUUUGCCUAAGUUAUUGUUAUUUCUGAAAGCUGGUGUUAUUCCUUUCUUAUUUAUGUGUGUGGCUAUUUUUGUUAAUAUCUUGCCUGUAUAUGUGAUAAAGCAGAACAUACUGGGUUUUUUUGUGGUAGUGAGAAUUGAUGGGUACAACGAACAAACAAUUAACAUAAUUUUGAACCAAAAACUGCAAAAGAAAACCCUGAAAUUAGUCUUCUCACUACCAUAGAAAAAACCCAGAAGCUUCUGCUCUAUCACAUGUCAUCAUUCUCUUUGCCUUAUCCCUAUGCGGGGUCGGCUUCCCUAAUUGCAUUUCUCCAUACAAUUCUAUCUUGGGUCAUAUCAAUAUUAAUCCCCUUUACCAACACGUUCUGCCUAAUCGUCUCCACGUCUUCUUUGGUCUUCCUCUCCUACUCCUUCCAGGAAUCUGCACUUCAGCAAUUCUUCGUAUUGGGUGAUUAGCGUCUCGACGUUGAACAUGACCAAACCAUUUCAACCUAUGCUCUCUCAUUUUGACAUCAACUGGUGUCACACCUAGACUUCUUCUCUCAUUUUGACACUUUUUUGUCACUCCACUCAUCCAUCUAAGCAUUCUCAUUUCCGCCACAUGCAUUCGUUGUUCCUCUUUCUUUUUCACUGCCCAACAUUUAGUUCCGUACAUCAUAGCCGGUCUUAUGGCUAUUUUAUAGAAUUAUCCCUUCAACUUCAUUGGAAUUUUCCUGUCACACAGCACACCACUCGCUUCCUUCCACUUCAUCCAUCCAGCCCUAAUUCUACUGCAUGCAUCUCCAUCUAUUUCUCCAUUACUCUGUAAUACCGAUCCCAGGUACUUAAAACUAUUGCUUUUUACAAUCAAUUCACCAUCCAAAGAUACCAUUUUAUUUGUAGUAACUCCAUCUUUAAAUGAACAUUGCAAAUACUCUGUCUUUGUCCUACUAAGUUUUAAACCUUUUUCCUCCAGAGCUUUUCUCCACUGUUCCAGUUUUUGUUCUAAGUCUCUUUCACUAUUUCCUACUAACACGACAUCAUCGGCAUACAUUAAGCACCAUGGAAUGUUACCCUGUAGUUUCGCUGUUAUCUGGUCCAAAACUAAUGAGAAUAAAUACGGACUAAGUACCGAGCCUUGGUGCAAUCCUACUUUCACAUGAAAUUUAUCAGUCUCUCCCACACCUGUCUUAACACUAGUCGUUACUACCUCAUACAUAUCCCUCACAACCUUUACAUAUUCACCAGGGACUGCUUUCUUAUUGAGUGCCCACCACAGAAUCUCUCGAGGAACUCGUAUCAUAUGCUUUCUCAAGAUCAAUGAAUACCAUAUGAGCGUUUGUUUCUUUACUCCUGUAUUUUUCCAUCAACUGCCUUAUAAUGAAAAUUGCAUCUGUUGUUGAUCUGCCCUGCAUAAAGCCAAACUGAUUCUCGGAUAUUUCGGUCUCUUCACGUAUCCGUCUAUCAAUUACUCUUUCCCAUAUUUUCAUGGUGUGGCUAAGCAGUUUUAUAGCCCUGUAGUUUGUACAUUGUUAUAUAUCUCGCUUGUUUUUGUAGACAGGUACUAGUGUACUCUUUCUCCAUUCGUCUGGCAUUUGUCCGACUUCCAUAAUUCUAUUAAAUAGACCUGCUAGCCACCUUGUUCCUGUCUCUCCCAAUGCUCUCCAUACUUCCCCAGGAAUAUCAUCUGGUCCUACCGCUUUUCCUUUCUUUAUUUUUUGAGCACAUAUAUCUAUCACAUAUACAGGCAAGAUAUCAACAAAACUAGUCAAACACAUAAAAGAGAAAGGAAUCAGCUUUUAGAACUAACAACUUAGGCAAAUACAUUAAGAACAACAAGAGUCAAGAAAAAAAGCAAUUACAGAGUGGUGUAUACAAACUGACAUGUGGUAACUGUCCAAAAUCUUACAUCGGUCAAACUGGCAGAACCUUUGACAAACGGAUAGCAGAACACAAAAGGGCUUUCAACAAUAGAAAAACAGACACUUCUACAUACGCACUUCACCUUCUAGAUCAUAAUCAUUCUUUCAAUGAAGAGUUUCAAAUUCUUAAUAUUCAAAAUAAAGACCUUGAGCUAUCUUUGUUAGAAUCUACGGAAACUACUAAAUUAAAAAAUACAGAUAUAAUUCUGAAUGACCAACUUGAAACAAACAGCUUCCCACUCCUUCACCUAUUUAGUAAGAGACUUUAAAGUGUAGACCCAUAAUAAAAAAGCAUCACUUGAGAAAGGCAUUGUGCCGAAACUGCUGUAGUGACAUUAAUUUAUAAUAAAUUUUAUGGAGAGAUCGAGAACAAAAGUUUUCAGUGUUUUAUUGUUAGAUAAAGUAAUAUUUGUUUGUUUUCUGGAGCCAAAUAAAAACAAAAAUUGUGUUCAAGACUAAAAACUUCUUUUUGAAGGAGGUAAACUCCCUAUAUUAUUUUUUAUUGUUUAUCCACAUCACAUUCUGUUUGGACGGGCAGUUUCUCUUUAGAUACAUCUUUUAGCUUCAUGUGAGGAAAUAAUUGUCUAUUUUUCUAGCUUGUAAUACAUUGUCAUCCUUUAACUUUAAAUCCCAAUUUGAUCUUAGCAGAGUUGUCUGUAAUAUGUGUAUUUUUGAAAACGUCUAUCUCAUUUUGGCCUACACACUCGAGAUUUCCGGUAUUUUAACAUUGACAAAAGCCACCACAACUGGGAGACCAUUUGAAUGGUCCAAGUAUUUUGAAAGCUGUGGUUGUACACGCUAUCAAACUAUUCAAAUGUAACAAAGUCUCAGGACCAGAUAAUAUGUAUGCAGACACAAUGAAGUUACUUAAUGAAGAAAAUCUAGACAUUAUUGUAAAGCUUUUUAACAAUAUCUACGAUACGGCCAGAUUCCAAAAGAUUGGCUUUGCUCUACAUCUAUCACCACCGGCUAAUAAGCCUAAAGACUUCUUGAGAAUACUACACACAAGGUUAUUUAAGAAAUGUGAAGAGGUUAAUGGCUGGAGUCAGUUAAUGGACUUGGCACGAUACAGGCGAUCUUUGGUAUGCAAACAUUAAUACAGGAUUGUCUAGAUUAAAGAAAGGAUGUUUUCUCUGUUUUAUCGAUUAUAGGAAAGCAUUCGAUAACGUAAAACACGCACUAAUGAUUAUCUAUCUACAAGAGUGGGAUUGGAUGCCAAGGAUAUGUAUGACAAGGAUAUAGCCAGUCUGUACUGAAACCAGACAGCAACAGUAUGUCUUCAAAAUUUCAACUAAAGAUUAUUCCCGAUUUCACCAACGAUACCUAAAUAUUUAAGAAUUACCUAAGUGGGUUUAGGUACUUCCUAAGUCUAAAACGGAUUUCACCCUACGAUAAGAAUUGCCUAAACCGCUUAAGCAUUACCUUACGUUAGGAUACGGUUUUCGAUCUCCCUAAACUUUAGGUAUUACUUACCGUUGACAGUCAGGUUAUAUUUUUACAAUUUUGACUAAUGUACUUGUGACGUUUGUCAAUAAUUUGCUUCUUACCUUAAUUUUUCUGUUAUUCUGUAAUAAUAGGUACAGUCGGAAAAUUGAAAGAAUACCCAUGAACGAACAUAUAAAACACGCUGUAUUUUCCUGUUACCGUGUCACAAAGAAAAUUGCCCAGCGCAAGUACAUGUAAUAAUAAUUAUUACAUGUACUUGCGCUGUCCAAUUUUUUGUAUGACACGGUGACAGGAAAGUACAGCGUGUUUUAUAUGUUCGUUCAUGGGUAUUCUUUCAUUUUUCCUACUGUAUAUUAGUUGUAAUUUUGUAUUAUCUUUUAUAUUAAUAAUAUAAUAUGUGUUGGAAAAUAUAGAAAAUCAUUUGGAGUUUUUACAGGUCUAUUGACAAAAUUAUGUAGUUUACCUACUACCUAACAAACUAGUGUUGUGUUUUAAAAACCCAUUCAUGAUAUCACUAAAAGUGUGUCAUUAAAAAUUAAUAAUAAAAAGCAUAUUCAACAUAUUAUUUAUUUUAAAAUUAUUUCAUUUAUGACAAUUCAACUAACUUUAAUUUUUCUUCAUAAAUAUGUGAAAUUUACAACUCUUUUCUUUUCCUCCAUUUCACUGUACAUAGACAAAUAACAUAAAAGACUAUUAUUAUAUUAUACAAACUUAAUUCACAAAUAACUACAUAACUACUAAAUAAAAUAACUAUAACAGUACAAAACUGAAUAAAACCAAAUUGGCAAACAAACAAUAAUGACAAAUAAUCGAAAAAGUAAGGAAAUGUCAUCUUAGUCUUCUUUUUAUUUAUCAAAAAUAGUUCAAACGUACCCGAAUUAUUAAUACUUAGGAAAUAAUUUCCUAGAUAAGCAGUUCUUUUAGUUAUGAAACGCUGUUGUUUUUAAGUAUUGACUUAUGAAGUUCCUAUCGAUAAGAAUUACUUAAUAAGGCAACUGUUUAGGUAUCGUUGGUGAAAUCGGGCAUUAGUGUCUCAGUAAAAAGUAUAGGAUCUCAUAUGAUAGGUCUAGGACGUAAAAAGAUGUCAUGUCUGCAUAUUAUUCUCCAAUGGACAGGAAUCUACAGUUAAUAAAUGCUUUGCAAUGCUGCUAAAAUUAGAAUAAUAUAAUUCUGACUAUCUAACAUCUUACCUGACAAGACAAUGCACGGUGGACACAUACGCAAAAAUGCAAUCACCUUAAGAAGAGGAAGAAUAUUUACUCGUACUUCCUUUCAUUUCUUUCAUUUUCAUUCCAUGUCCAUAACGGACAACUCAUACAGAUUAAACCUCAGAAGAAAUACAACUUGGACUGAUCUGGUUGACAAAGAACAAAAGCAAGCUUAGCGUCGUUGUUCAACUGUCCUUACCUUUGUGCCGUUACUGUUUUAUAAUUUUUCAAAAAAUAAACAAUUUCAAGACUCAAUGAAAAUUGUCCCUUUUGAAAUGGUUUUCCAUAUGCAUAAAUAUACGUAUGAGAGAGUGGUAAACAACAAACUUAUACACGUGUUAAAGUAGUUCUAAUAAUAAUUACUGUUUUUUGGAAAAUUAGACAGUGGCUUAGUGUUUUCUUUCAAUUAAACUACUCUCCCUGAUACUCGAGUUUAUAACUGUAGUACUACCAUCUCUCUAAGAGUUUCAUUAAUGUUCAGCUCAUGGAGGUACUAUUAGUAGUGUUCGCGCAGUACAAAUCGAGCAUACCCAGAGUAAGUUCGGGAUUAGUUUCCAAUGCGCAGGCGUCAACGUAAACUUAUCCUGGACAUGCUCAGGAUUUUUCGCUCCGCGAACAAUUUUCGGAUUCGCAAUGUAAUGACGGGUUGCAUACAUUAAGGUUAGAGAAGGAAGCUUUUUGUUGUCUCUUUCUUAUUUCGAAAUAAAUAUCAAAAAAAAUGCAAAUGCAACAAAUUUGUAUGUCAACAAAGAGAAAAAGAAAAGAGAAUAAAGGCAACAGGCAAAGUAUUAACUUUCUAUUCAAUAAUUCAAUGCCUUUCUUAGAAGGUAGAAAUUUGAUUAGAGUCUUUCUUUAUUAUUUCCACAAUAUAAUGUGGUUAUUUCCACUCUGAAAUCCAGCUUACAUUUUUGUAGAGAGUAAAAGAUUGUUGAUAUGUAGAUAUAAAAAUUACCUUUAACUUCAUGAGGGUUGAACAUUAUCUGAAGGAAGGAAUAAUUUAGUAGAACAAUCAUUUCCAAUUUUGAUAUCUAUGUAUUGAAUUUAAUGGGUUGUGGCAUUGUGUUGUGGUUUAUUACACCACAAAAAUAAUGAAAUAUAACAAGACACAAGAAAUAGUUUCAGAAUAAGUUUGAUGUAUUGUUUAUGUUUCAUUAUAUUCAAUAAGAGACUAUUUUAACUCAUAAAUUAAACUGAAAAAUAAACCACAAGAAUAUGUAGGUACUUAUAAGCUCAUUUAGAUAGAAGAAAUUAAGUAAAAACAGAGUACAAUUUAUUGUAAUACAUACUACCGUAAUAGAUAAUUAUCGAAUAUCGAAUGAAAAUAAUACUUGAAAAGGUACCUACUUAUUUAUAAACAUACGAAAUGGAAAACAUUGACAAAAACAACUAAAAAAGCUUUAAUAUAAAAAAUAUUAAAAUUUGUUUGAAGAAUAUUUAAAUGACACAACACUUUACAUAAUUUCAAAACUUUAAAAACCAGAAUCUACAUCUACAAGUUGUUGAACAAAACAAUAUUUUAGGUUAAGAAUUGGAAGGAGUAAGAACAGAAUGUCAAGAAAUUCUUCCCAAAUAUUUUGUGCGCCUGUGCGAACUUAAAAUCCGAAACAAAAUCCUCGAACGUCGAGAGCGUACCCCGGGCAUGUUCAGGUUCUUUUUUCUGUACUGCGCGAACACCGAAUUAAAAAUCCGGAGGGUGUUCAGAAGGAAAGAUUUGGACUCCGCGAACGCCCAAUUUUGUAAUGCGCAGGCGUUCUCCCUCUGGGUAUACCCAGGACGUACUGCGCGAUCAAAGCUAUUGUUAGUAGAGGUAUCAAAUUUCACAAACAGAGGAUCAUUCCAUAAAAUAGAUAGAUCCCUUGUUUAUGAAAUUUUACACCUCCAACAAUAGCGUUCCGCUGAGCUAAACAUUAAUGAGUCUCUCAGAGAGAUGAUAGUACUAUGCAACAAACUUAAUCAUUUCGAUUUUUGAUAAACGUUGUGGCCAAGAUGAGACUUUUUACCUCUUUGAGACAUACAGGCUGAUCUAGAAUUAAAAACGAGUACUACUUUUUACAAAACGUUAUUUAACAGUGUUCGAUAUCAGACAUUUCGCUGGUACCUAUGAUUAAUGUGAUUCCUAAUACAUUUCCAGUAACCAUAAUAACUCUUUGAUAAGUGUUGGCGAUAAAAUUCUUUUUUAUAUGCGUGUCCGGGAAGAUUAUAACUCCCAAAAUAUUUAUAACGGAAGAUUAUAGAUGCCGACGAAAACAAUUAUUUCUGAGAACUUUUAGUAAUUAUAAUUUUCGUGGACCCAAAAACAAAAUGAUGUUUUUUGCUGAUACUCCUCAAAAAAUAAAUUUUUUCGCUAACACUUUAUUAGGGAUUAUAAUUUUCACAAUCAUAUAAUCAAAAAUAAUAUUCUUCGCCGGCGUUCAUUGAAAGUUCUAUUCUUAACGGCAUUUUUCGGAGUUAUACUUUUCGUAUUCGGCGGCGAUUUAUGGUUGUAGGAGAUAUUAAAAAAAAAACAAAGACUGAUGUUUUAGAGGAGAUACUGGUGUAUUUAUAGAUACAAAAAUGAACAUAAGUUAGCAACUUAUUAAGAUAUGGAAUUCUACCAAUAUUAAGAUAUGGAAACCUAAAAUGGUUUACGUAGUAUCUCUAUUCAAAAUGAGUUUCGGUGUUUUUAAAAUUUGGUAAUACGACAGUACUGGAUCUUUAUAACAGGCAUUUAUUGGUGUAUGGGUCUGUAUUUUUUUGAAAAAGUUCAUUCUACCUCCAAGAAACUUAGAAAAUUGUAUUUUUUAUUGGCUUUAAUUUUUUUUAGUAUAAAAAUGUUUUUAUUUUAUUUUGAGCCCCUGGUACCUCAACUUAUAAAAAUAUUUUAGUAAUAAGAGUAUGUGACUGUUGAAGUUGUGAGUUGAGAAAUUGUAUUGAGAAGACUGAGUGCUGUGAUAAAUGGAAGUAUUGAUUGAAACAUGAGGUUCUAAAAAUAGUAUUUAAGGUAUUGUUGGUUCUGUCAACAUAUUUUUUCUUUAAAUGUAUCGUUUAGGGUGGUAUUGAAAUCAUUUAUUUUACGGAAGUAUGUCAAAUCAAUUUUUUUAUUAACCGACAUUAGUGCAAAAGCUUUCAAACAUGUAUAAAAGCUCUAGGUCGUAAAAUAUAGUUAAUACUAUCAGAAAGUAUCUGGUGGUCUGACAAGUCACAUUCCUCGCCGAUUAGGGUGCAUCGAUUAAAAAAAAAACAAGAGUUUAGAAAACUUUUUUUUAGUGAAAGCCAUUUUUCAAGCAAAAAAACUUUUUUUAGGCACACAUGUCGACUUUUAGGGCGAUGCGCGCAUUAGUAUAUUUUUGACAGCUGCAUAAAGUUGAUUUGUUUGGAAAAAUGACAUAUUUGGAGAAAAAAUAUUUCCGAUCUUUCAUUAAACAUAAUUGUUUGAGAAAUAAAACGGCGAGUGAAACAAAAAUAAAGCUGGAUAAAUAUUAUGGGACUAAUACUCCUUCGGACCAUACAAGUUUUGGCUCCGUGGAAGGUAUUCCUACGGUAUUUUGGGAUUGCAAAGGCAUCUUAAUUUACUAUCUUGAAAAAAAGGAUAAAACAAUCAAUGGCCAAUAUUAUUUUGCACUAUUGGACAGACUGAAGCAGGUACUCAGUAAGAGUUGGCCCCAUAUGUAUAAGAAAAUAGUGUUGUUUCUCCAAGACAAUGCACCGACUCAUAAGAGCGUUAUAACUGCAAAAAUUCAUAAGUUGUGCUUCGAAUUGCUUUCUCAUCCGACUUUUUCUCCUGAUUUGGCUCCCUUUGAUUAUUAUGUGCUUCGAAAUCUGAAGAGGUGGCUCGUUCGUAAAUAAAACAUUCAGCUCGAACGAAGAAAUAAUUGACGAAACAAACACCUAUUUUGUAGAGUUUCCAGAUUCGUAUUAUUUGGACAUCAUAAAGAAGUUGGAAAAACGCUGGAAUUAGUUGUAUUGAGUAAAAGGAGACUAUAUUGAAUAAAAUAAAGGAAUUAUCUGAAAAAACAUAUUUUUCAUUUCAAAGAAGGUUACUUAUCGGACCAUCUAGUACAGAGGUUCUCAAUCUGUGGUACAUGUAUCACUGGUGGUACAUAUCAUUAUUGGCGGUGGUACACAAAACACAGAAAAUAUUAAAAUAGUAGUACUUAGUAAGUAUUGAUAAUACAAUUUAAAAAUAUAGGUGGUACCAAAAAUAAUAAAAAUAACUGUAGGUGGUACAUCAUUCAAAAAGGUUGAGAACCGCUGAUCUAGUAGAAGAUCUGGAAGUAUAUGAAGAAGUUAAGAAAAAUUAAAGGAAAAACAAAAAUUGGACCAAAUAAGUAGCAGGUACAUUAAAAAACACUUUAACAGAUUGGACCAAGGAAAAAUAAUAUAGCAGUUAAUGGUAUCCAGAAGGUAUUAAAAAAAGAAGAAUGUAACAGCUAAGUAUAAGAAAAAAAAGAUGAUUUGGCGAAUCAAAGUCAAAAUUUGACAUUAGCUGUUGUUUUGAUUCGAUUUAUCUUUGUAAAAGGUUAAUAUUUUCGUCAAAACAAAUAAUAUAUAAUUUAGACUAUUGUUGAGUGUAUUGUGUGAAUUUGUUGAGUCAUAUAAAGAUGAGUGCUUGGUGAUACGAUUUUCUCACUUUUUUCUAAUGGCCUCUAGGGAAAGUAUUGUACCAGAAUAUAUUCCAUAGUUUUCUAAUGUAACAAAAAAAUCUGGCUAAUUGGCUCGGCCAAGGCAAUCAGACUCACAAAAAAAAAGGGAAAAAAGUAAUCGUGUUUAGAUUCAAUCGAUUUGUAUAGUUAUUGGCUUUCUAGAUAUUGGUUGAUUCAUUAGAAAAUUUUAGUUAGGUGGUCCCAAUGUAUUUUUUUUUUUCAAUGAUAAUUGUGCAUAAUUUUAAUUAUUUAUUUGUCAAACUUUGAAAACAAGUGACUCCAGCCUAUAAAUACCUGUUCAGUUGAUAGAACAUUAAUAAAUGACAGUGUCACCCAAUUAAGAUAAAGGUAGGAUUGUAAGGUGCGCCAAAUGGCAGGUACAAAGUAAGAAAUAAAUAUUGUUAAUAACCAGAACAACCAGCCGCCGCACUAUAUCUUAAACAGCAGAACUAUCCAAGUCUACAAAUCUGAUCAAUCUACUAUAUUUUUUACUUAAACUAUACAAUUUACGUGUUAUAUAUGCAUAUAGCGUAUUACGAACGAAAUUUGACAAGUAACGGUAUUUUAAAAGUCCCUAAAUAACGGUUACAUUACAUCACAACGUUUUCGGAUUAAAAAAUCCAUCAUCAGUGUUAAAAAGCCAAUAGUGUGCAUGCCUGAGCCACCAAAAUGUAUUGGGUAAAACCCUUUAAAUGUUGAAAAGUCUUACAUAUUAUAUACUACAUAUUUUUAAUAAUAUUUAGUGAUGUUGCAAAUAUUCCUGGAUAUUGCCCAGGGCAACACAGUACUGUUCCCACGUGGUUGGAAUGUAAAAAGGAUUGAAACCGCACAUAUUGGAGUUGAAAGGCAACUCAAUAGUUGCCAAUGAAGUUGCCUUUCAACUCCAUUAUGUGAGGUUUCAAUCCUCCUUACAUUCCAACCACGUGGGAAGAGUCCUGUGUUGCCCUGGGUAAUAUCCAGGAAUAUCUGCAACAUCACAAAAUAUUAUUAAAAAUAUCUAGUAUAUAAUAAUACUUUUCAACAUUUAAAGGGUUUUUACCCAAAACAUUUUGGUGGUUCAGUCAUGCACAAUUUUGGCUUUUUUAACACUGAUGAUGAAUUUUUUAAUCCGAACACGCUCUUUGAUGUAAUGUAACCCUUAUUUAGGGACUUUUAAAUAUACCUUUUACAAAGGAUCUAGUAUUUUUGCUUUAUUUUUAAUUCUAGACAUCCUGUAUAAAUUUUCUAGAAUUUUGCCAUAAGUGUAAUAAUCCUAUUAAUUAACACAAGCACAUCAAAUGCGAUUAGCGUUCAGAAUAUGGUAAUACGUACGCCUAUUUGAACAAGCCUUUUUGAGCAAUAGUAUAUGUGUAACAAAGGUGUUGAUUCAAUAAUAUGAGAUGUGCUGGAUAAAAAAAACAAACAAUAAUUCUGCACUAGGGCAAGUCAUGUGCAAUAACCAUUUAGGUAAAUUUUUAGUUUUUUUUUAAUUUUCUCUUGUCUAUUUAAUUAUUAAGUACUGUUACCCUGCAUACGUACUGUUUCUCUUAGGUGGGGAUAAGAUUUCUUCGGAGGUGCCUCCCCCUAACUCACCUGUUACAUGUUUGCGAUUGCUACUAUUGGACAAUUUCAGUUUUACCAUUACCGGUGUUAUUACUGAUGCUACUGUGUAUGGUCCUGAAUAUUUUGAUGUCUCGAACAGGACAUAGUCCUAUUAAAAGAAGAAGAUGCUUGAUUCCGGGGCCCGGGCUGCGUCUCCUGCCCACUGCAGAUGGCUUAGCUUGAUUAUAGUGGCAAUAUCUUUUCCACCAAACUUACGCUUGUAAUAUUCUGCAGUUCAAAGUUAUAUCUACGUCUCUCUAUUCCUUGCUCACAGAUCCCUCCGACUAUCUUGCGUAAUACUUUUCUUUCAAAAAUCGAUAGGGAGAUUCAUCUAUUUUGUUUAAGGUCCAUGCCUCUGAUCCAUAUGUGAGGACGGGAACUAUCAGUGUUCUAUACAGACUUAUACGAGUUUUGGGAGACAGAUGGUUGUUAUCUAAGUACUUUGAUAGACCAUGAUAACACCUGUUUGCACAUGCAACAUGUGUUAUUAUUGGGCUUAACCGAUGUUCCUAGAUAUAUGAACUCUUUGGCCGCUUCUAAGUUUCGGUCACUGAUAAUUAAAUCUGCAUCAACAUUUCCAGCUCUUGUGUUUGUGUUAGUCGCCAUGCAUUGGGUUAUAUUUUGAUUUAUAUGUAAUUCCAUUCAUUCCACUGCUGCUAUUAGCUCGGUUGGGCCUUCCAUGCUUCUCGCCAUGGUUCCUGUUAUAAUGUCCAUGUGGUCUGCAUAAUAUGCUAGAUUUGGGUCUGAUGUAUUAAAUAUAUGUAGUUCCUCUACCAUCUAAAUUAGCGUCUCGUAUGGCUUUUUCUAAGGCUAUGUUGGUUAAUCCCUCCUUAUAAAUCUUCUAUUGCUGAAAAUUUGUAAGUUUUCAGGACUCUAUUCAAAGCUUCGUGGACCUCCGCAGUGUUUAUUGCUUGGUUUACCGCCCCUUUAUGGUAUAGGCACUAUAAUUGUGAAUCUGGUGUAGAUCUCAUUAUCAGACUCUUACGUUUUGUCGAAAAUUUGUUGUAGUGUGAUCUGGUUAAUAGACAGAAUAAUUCCUACCUAUAGAGAAUUUUCUGUCUCUAGAUAGAUGCCACUAAUGCGUCCGUACCCAUUUAAUAUUUUAUUAAUAUGUAUAGUUCGACAUCUUGGAUUCAGUUCGCUUCGGGAUACACCACAGGCGGCUCUGAUGACGCUGAAAAGCAGAAACCUUGGUCAGCCGAUGGUGGUGGCCCCGAAUAAUUUAAUCUAAGCUGUCUUUUCUUAUCUGGUUAAUAGUUGAACGUCCACAUCCGAAACCUGUCUGAUAUUCUCCUAGAAACGCUUUGGUAUAAGGCUUCAACUUCUCAUGAAAGAUGUUUACAAUAUCUUGUAUGCUAUAUUUAGGAGAGUUAUUCCGCGGUACUUAUGCACUCUAUUUGGUUCCCCUUGUUGUGUAACAAACAGGCAUAUUAAGCCUAAGCUUCAUUCCUGAUGCAUAUGCUCCUCGGACCAAAUUUUGCGAACUAUUUUUCAAACAGUUGGUUUCUAAAAUCACUCUGAAAAUCCAUUGUACAACUCGAUUCAAAGUAUACGUAAUAUAUCGGCUUCAUCUCAUCUCUGGUGACUACUUGGAAGUGAUUUUGCUAAAGAUCAUCAACUUUUUGUGUUUGUAUGUAUGUAUGUGUGUGCGCGUGUGUGUGUAAAAAGAGUGUUUCAACAAACACACUUUUUUCUGCUUAUUCUUCAUUACCACAAAUAAUAUUAUUGAAUCAAUCUCAAGUAAUUGUAAUAUAUCUCAUUUCUUUGUGUUAAUGUCGUCAGUGGAAACUUUUGAAUUUUGCUUGACGCCAUGUGGUAGUAUGUAUGUAUGCUUAUAUAUGUUUUCGUAUAUGGGCAUAUGUAUAGUCUUUCAUUAAUAAUAAUUUAUUUAAAAUUUUGACUUAACUUUUAAUGUACAUAUCUGUAUUGUUGAAUGGUCAAUAAAAAAAUAUAAACACAA